AUGCUGUCAGCAACGUCUCCGUCAUCAGUCCGUGAACAGCUCAAGGAUUUGACUAAGCAGUAUGACAAGUCCGAGAACGACCUCAAGGCUCUGCAGAGCGUGGGCCAGAAUGUGGGAGAGGUUCUCAAACAGCUCACUGAGGACAAAUUUAUCGUGAAGGCUACCAAUGGGCCUCGCUAUGUGGUCGGAUGUCGCAGACAGCUGGACAAGUCAAAGUUGAAGGCAGGAACCCGAGUGGCCCUGGACAUGACCACGUUAACCAUCAUGAGGUACCUGCCCAGAGAGGUGGACCCGCUGGUGUACAACAUGUCCCACGAAGACCCGGGCCAGGUCUCCUACUCGGAGAUCGGGGGGCUCACCGAGCAGAUCCGGGAACUCCGAGAGUUAUCGUGAAGGCUACCAAUGGGCCUCGCUAUGUGGUCGGAUGUCGCAGACAGCUGGACAAGUCAAAGUUGAAGGCAGGAACCCGAGUGGCCCUGGACAUGACCACGUUAACCAUCAUGAG